AUGAAGGUAGCCUUCGGCCAUGAAGGUGCCUUCGGCAUCAGGGAAGCCUUCGGUUGCGGGGAGAGCCUUCGGCCAACAGCUCAAUCAUCGAAGAUUCCCUUUGAAGAUAAGCAACCACCGCAUUUAAUGUGACGUCACAUCCACCCACCGCAUUCAAUGCGGUGCACAUGCGAAUGUCAGUGCCACCCAAUUGAGGUGACCCCUCGGCCGUCAGAUUGUUGACAUGUGUACCUUCAUCACAUUUAUUACUACUAUAAAUAGCACCCCCUUUCCCCGUUGUAAAGGAGGAGAACAUCUCGAAUUCAUAAAUAAUAAUCUCCUCUCUCUCCUACUUGCUUGCUCUGACUUCUCUCUAGGUUAUUCCGUAAUAACCCCUCGGAUAAGACACCCCCUGGGUAGACUAUCCAUCAGUGCCCAUGUUCAAGCUAAAGCCUCUCGGAUAGUGUUUUGCUUUUCUAUAUAUUGGAUUCGGAGUACAAGGAAUGCAACUAGAUUUGAUGGACUUGCUCCAAAGGAAGAAGAUGUUUUUGCAAAGAUAAAGUACAUUGUGUACAAGAUCUUGUAUAGCUUAUAUCUACAUGAUCUUGUAGUCUUUUGAUAAACUUUGAGCUACCCAUCACCUAUUUUUGUUGUGCAUGGUUGGCCGUGUGCUAGUUUAGAUAGCCUAGAAUGCAUGUAGUCUUUUGAGGUGAUGAGUUAUUCAAUCUUUGGAUAGCUUGCAUUUUUUUCCAUGCUCUUUUGCUGUACAAAUAAAC